UUUUUUUCAUAUCUAACAUUUUCCUUCUUUCAUUUAUAUAAUAUAAUAUACACAGCUAAGAAUCGCUGCGACGCAAAGAGAUUAGAAAAAAAGUUCAAAUUUGUUGCUGCGGAAGUAAUUAAAGUUUCGAUUUCUUCCGUUGCAACUUUAAUUUAAUUUUAAACGCUUCUAUUCUUAGCAAAGAUCAUCAAUUACAAUGGCUCGUUAUUUCUCCAACUGCAAAAAUAUCUCUGCUUUUGUUGUAGACUCUGUUUCUGUAGCUAUUCAGAGGCGUGGAUACGCGGCCGCAUCACAAGGUGGUGUUUCUGGUAGUGGAGCUGUUAGAAGCAAUGUGAUGGAAUCAAACAAGACUUCAUGGGUACCAGAUCCUGUUACUGGUUAUUACAGACCAGAAAGUCAUGCCAAGGAAAUUGAUGCUGCUGAGCUUAGAAACAUGUUGUUGAAGUACAAACCUAGACAAAAUUGAAAAACAAAAAACAAUUAUAGGAUCAAGAAUCACGUCUCGAGGAGUAGAGACGAAUUCAGGAUUUGAAUGUUGGAGUUCAAUAGUUAUACUUUUGGAAUUAUGAGUUCAAAAUGAAUUGUUAGUGGAAAUAUAGUAAUUUCUCACAUAUUAUGUUUGUUUUCCGCAUAGGAAAAAUGUUGAGUUCAGUUGAAUACGUUGGACCUAUAUUACAUGUGUCAGGCAGAUUUAGGAUUCAAAUGUUCAACGUUUAUGUUUUUACCAUUGAAUUCAUUGUACUUUUGAAAGUAUGAGUUCAGGAUGUAAUGUUAGUGAAAAUUAUAGUAAUUUCUUACAUA